UUUUGUUUGAGAACCAUGUGUACUUUUAUCGAUCAUCAUUCUUAAUGACUAGAUUUGUUACUAACGCUCAAAAGUACAAUGCAACAAGACAUAAAGUUAUGCAACUAAUAGAAAAAUAUAAUCUAAAAUUUGGGGUGUCUUCAUCAGCAUAUCAGUUCGAAGGAGCAUGGAAUGAAUCGGGUAAAGGAGAAACAAUGUGGAGUCGGUUUACCCGCGAACAUCCCGAAAAGAUUUUCGAUCACUCGACAGCAGAUAUCAGUACUGAUUCAUAUCAUAACAUAGAACGAGAUAUAAAUAUGCUAAAACUUUUAGGUGUACAAUUUUAUCGAGUUUCGAUAUCAUGGUCCAGACUUUUACCCAUACCAAUAUUGCACGAUGGUGUUAGCCAAGAAGCAUUACAGUAUUACCAUCGUUUGAUUGAUCAAUUAAAGGCGAAUAAUAUUACACCAAUAGUGACAUUAUCUCAUUACGACAUACCAAUAAGUGUAAGCGAUUUGGGAGGAUGGACCAACGAAAUAAUUAUAGAUUAUUUUGAACAUUUUGCUCGAAUUGUAUUUGAUAAUUUUGCUGAUAAGGUAAACGUUUGGAUCACCAUAAAUCAACCAAGCACCGCUUGUGUAGUACAUUAUGGAAGUGAUUUUUUCCCCCCAGUAAUAGCUGAAUCGGGUGUUGCUGUGUAUUUAUGUAUGCGUAAUAUGCUUUUAGCUCAUGCUCGAGUCUAUCAUUUAUAUAAAAAUGAAUACAACUUAAAACAUACAGGCCUUAUUGGAAUAGUUGCAAAAUUUGACUGGUAUGAGCCAGCAUGGAAUUCCACAAAAGAUCUAGAAUUUAUAACAACUUUCCGUAAAAUCAUGCAUGGAAUUUUUUUGGAUCCAAUUUUUUCUGAACAUGGUGAUUAUCCAGAAAUUUUCAAAGAAACAGUGGCCAGAAAAAGUAAAAAACAAGGAUUUCACAAAUCACGAUUAAUCUUAUUUACAAAAGAUGAAGUUAAAUAUAUACAAAAUACAUCGGACUUUCUUGGUUUGAAUUAUUACAGCCCUCAAAGAAUUUAUAAAAAUUUGAAGGAUGCAAAUAAUACUUUGAUAGGAGGAGCAAGAUUUAGUAUUAAAAUACCAUCAUUUUAUGAUGAUUUAAAUUAUUAUAUGGCUCCACCUGAUCCAAAUUGGGUAGCUACCGAAAAUCCAUAUAUCGCGAACUACCCAGAAGGUUUAAAGAAAAGUUUGUUGUAUGUGAAAAAUACAUACAAUAAUCCAAAAGUUUUUAUUAUGGAAAAUGGAUGUGGAACAUUUCGAAAUACUGUAGACAACUACGAAUGUGUGGAAUAUUUUAAGGGGCAUUUAGAUGCACUUUAUGAUGCUGUGGUAAAUGAAGGUUGUAAUGUUCACACAUAUGGAAUUUGGAGUCUUAUGGACGGUUUCGAAUGGGUUAUGGGUUAUCUGAAUCAUUAUGGAUUAUUUUAUACGAAUUUUACAGAUGACAAACGAUCUACUGAACCAAAAGCAUCUGCUUACUUUUUUAGAGAAGUUUUGGAUAAUUUACAUGUUACAAAACAGCCGUAUAUUGUUCCUGAUGAAGUAAAAAGCAGCUCUUCAAAAUUAGAAACUAAAUACUGUACCGGCUAUACGAAUGCUUACACGUUAAAAGCAGUUAAGCUUGUAAACGGUACUUCUUCGGAAAUAAAAAUUCCUGUUACAGACAUCACUCUCGACGUUUGCUGUAAUCAAAAGAUUGAAAACGUAAGUUUAACUGAAAUUGAAUUAAAACCAAUGAAGAUUGUUAACAUGGAUUUAUCCGAGUUGGGACGCAACCAGAAUCGGUUAAAUCAAAUGGAUGAAAUUCUUCAAAAUCAGUUAAACAAGCCGUUCAUAAUUAACAAAGCCAGAAUCCAACCACAUAAUGGAGUCCAACAGCAAGAUCUACAGUUCCAAUCAGUAGCGUACACGCCUCCCCAAACUUCAUCAGCACGACUAUCGGAGGUACUUGACAAAGCCCCCGAUACACAACAGGUGCUGAGAUUCCACAUUUCUAGUUAA